AUGAAGAGUUUUGCUCUCGUUUUCCUAGUUGUGAUCUGUGGCAUGGGAGGAGUGGGACAAAAGCUGAAGCCAAAGAAAAGAAGCAAUGGUGAAGAAAUCAAAUUUCGGACUAAAACCAAAGAUGUUUGCACAAUAACCACGAGUGGCGAUGAUGAAGAGAUGAAACUUAGAAUUGAAUGCAAAAGCCAAGGCUUUUCCUACUGGUGUGAAUUCAGUGGCAAGCCAUCAGUCUGUCGUGCUUUCAGAAAUAACCCAAAGAUUUACUGGAAUCAGAUCGCCGCAGAACUCAGAAAGGUCCCGCACGCUUGCGAACCCAUGGAAGUGUUGAAGACCACCAUGUGCCAAAAGGCUCCCCCAGAGGCUCUCAUGAGGCAAAUAGCUGCUGGUAUGGAGCCAGAAGAGAUAGCAAACCAGGGAAAAUCAGUCCAUUCCAUUCCUAUGAAAGAAGCAGGGCAAAACUCUGACUCAGCCCAACGUGGUCAAGGGUCUGAAAAUGAAACAGAAGCAAUGAAGCUGGCACGGGAACACUGCUGGGAAUCUCUGCAUGGUGUCUGCUCCUACAUCAUUGGCAUCCUUAGGGGCUAA